AUAAAGUUUAACCAGUUUGAAUCGAUCUCCUUGCCGCUGUGAAGAAAAAUAAAAACAAAGAUGGAGACCGGAGGUUUGGGAGGAGAUGUUUACGUGACAAGGAGGGUAGGAAUAAGCAAUGUAUUGUAUUAAAUAGCACACAUCAUAUUAUUUUAUAGUAUUUGCAGUUUAUUUGAAUUUAAUUUAUACAAAAUGGAAUCUGAGGUGUUUCCUGACGAGGCAAUCGAAAGGAAGGAGGUCUGUAUUGUGGGAUCUGAGCUCGUCGUAGAAAACUACACGGUUUAUAUAAUAGAGGUGAAAGUUGGAAACCACAAGUGGACUGUCAAGCACCGCUACAGUGAUUUUCAUGAUCUGCAUGAAAAGCUCACUGCGGAGAAGUUGAUCGACAAGAACCUGCUUCCACCAAAGAAAAUCAUUGGUAAAAACUCCAAAAGCCUAGUGGAAAAGAGACAAAAGGAACUCGAAGUAUAUCUGCAAACUCUGCUGGCCAAAUUCCCUCUGGCUGCACCCAAAGUCUUGUCUUGUUUUCUGAAUUUUCAUCUAUAUGAAAUAAAUGGAAUUACAGCAGCACUGGCUGAAGAUCUGUUUAAUAAAGGAGAGCAACUUCUUGUGGCUGGACAGGUAUUCUGUCUCCGGCCUUUGCAGUUAUAUGCUAUCACCCAGCUGCUCCGACUUGCCAAACCCACCUGUGCUAAUGGGGAUGCCAAGGCAGACCUGGGGCACAUUCUAGAUUUUACCUGUAGGCUCAAAUAUUUGAAGGUCAGUGGCACCUCUCAAGGUUCUGUGGGCAGCAGCAAUAUCCAGGAGCAUCUUCUCCCAUUUGACUUAUCAGUAUUCAAGUCACUUCUUCAGAUAGAGAUUAGUCACUGCGAAGCAAAACAGAUAAAAGGACUUCCUUCUUUAAAGCCGACCUUGGCUACAAUGGGAGUGUGCUAUUCAGCAUCAUCAAUGAAGGAUAUACUGGUACCAGAAUCCUUGGAAUUUGAUCACUGGAUAGUGGAGGGAGUGUCAUCAGACUGUCCAGUCGCAGCAGUUAUUCCGACUUGGAAAAACUUAACAACACUUGACAUGAGUCAUAAUCACAUAAUGUGCAUUGAUGAGUCCGUGAAAUUGAUACCAAAAGUUGAAUUCCUGGACCUCAGUCAUAACGAACUGUCUCUUUUAGAGAACUUGCAGCAUCUGUAUAACCUGAUUCACCUGGAUCUGUCUUACAAUAAACUUGCAGUAUUAGAAGGUGUUCACACAAAGCUUGGAAACAUCAAAACGCUGAAUUUGGCAGGAAACCUUCUAGAAAGUCUUUCUGGUCUUAGUAAACUUUAUUCUCUUGUAAACUUGGAUUUAAGCAACAAUAAACUAGCCCAGUUAGAAGAAAUUAAACACAUUGGAAGUUUACCCUGUUUGGAAAAACUGAAUCUGUCCAACAACCCCUUGAGCAUCAUUCCUGAUUACAGAACCAAGGUGCUUGCACAGUUUUGGGACAGAGCAUCAGAGGUAUGCUUAGACAGCACUGCUCCAACAGAGAAGGAGAUGGACACUGUGGAAGUGUUAAAAGCCAUUCAGAAAGCCAAAGCAGCAAAGGACAGGAUGAAUACAGAGAAAAAGAUCAGUGAGGACUCCAAGCUUUCUGCUGCCGGGUUCAAACCCAACUGCUCCUCUUUCACUGCUCCACCCUCCUCUCCCUCUCUGCCCCAUCCUGCCAGCUCCAGCCAAGAAGUAGUAUGUAAAAACACAGCCCUAGUUAGCAAUGAUAUAUCGACUCCUAUGGAUUCUGCAAUUACCCAGAGAUGCACCAACAUACAAAAUUCUGCUUGUGAGGAUACAAUACAGGUUAAACAUACACAUGGAUCCAGUUUGUUACCCAUAAAUGUGACUGAACAGCACUUCAGUUACAGUUGCCACUGUGCAAAGGACGAAGACAGUAUGUGGACCAAUUGGAAAAAGACCCAAGUGCUACCUCUCUUACACUGCUACUAACCUGGACUUUACUUCACAUUUAACUGGACUUAUUAGGAAUGCCAUGUGGGAAGAACAUUUCAAAGCAUCCAAGACCAGCAUGCAUGUGGAUACAGUCCAUGAAUCGUUGAGCCAGGCUUCAGGGGAUGGCUAUUUCGAAAUGGGACUUGAUGAGGGGGAGCGUGGUUCAGGUUGCACCGGUCUCCAGGUGCUACAGCUGAAAGUUGUGAAGAUGCAGGUGAAGAGCUUAUCCGAAUAUAGAAAGUCUUUUGGGUUUACUGCAUUCAGGUCAGCAAAGAUUUAAGCCAGUUUGAAUCUUGUGUUGUGUUGACUGACAAUCUGCUGGCUGUGCUCCGAAUUCCUCAUCAAGAACUGACUGGAAACAUGCAAAGUGUCACGGGUAACAUGGAAAACAUCUUGACCGUCCCAUUCAUAGAGAUAGAAGCAGUUAGCUUUGAUGUUCCAGAAACCUGUCUUUCCUUGAAGUUGAAGACAAGUGAUACUUACUGGUGCUUUCUUUCGAAUUCACAGAAUUUGAGAGCAAUCUACUCUUGUUUAAACAUGUUUAAUUCGGCUGUGAAAAGUUUGAGUUCAGCACAGGAUUUUAUCAAUCAGCUGUUGGAGUCCCAUCAGGUAACAGAUGGUGACACUGUUGUUAAAGGUGCCUUUGCCGCUCAUCUUCUUAACCUUGCAGAGAAUACCGCCUGUAACCAACAAAGCCACAGCUUCCCCACUAACUCUUCAAAUGAGGCCAAGAACUCUCCGUGUUCGGAUAUCCUCUCAUUCACGUGGCAGUCAGAGACAGACCAAGACCCUGUUCAUGUGCCCUGUCUGCUCUUAUUAACACCCAGUCAACUGUGUAUUAUAAAAGUGGACUUUGUUGCACUUGCGAUAAAAGCCAAGACACUUGAAGAGAAGAGAUGGGUGGAGUUCAUUCAGAUCCCUCUAGCCUCUGUGCUUCUUCUCCAUCCCAAACAAGGCUGCAGUAGCAGCACCCAGCCAGCAGGUGCCUUCCGGGAUGGCCAUGUCCUGGAACUCAUGACCCGGUCACUGCUGUCGUUGUCCUGCCCCAUGACAAGUUCUUGUUUCUGAAUCUGUUCAGUCAGCAUAGAGCCAGCCUGCAGGAUGUGAAGACCAUUGCUUUCUUCAAGGUGAAAAAAUGUCACGGUUCAAUAAAGAGCUGUCCCUUGAGCCCCACAAUGACCCAAAGAACUCUUAAGAGCAGGUGGGGAAUGAAGAGAUAAAGUACCUCUUAUGGUCCUCUGUGGUGUUUUAUAAAGCUCCUGAUGUGGAAAUCACUGCCUGCAUUAUGCUGUCUACAAAAGCGGUUUAUUUUGUUCUUCAUGAUUCUGCUGCUCAACUUGGUGAUCAGUCACUAGUUUGGGGUUGGAAGCCCUCUGAUCAUGAAAAAGGAGACUUUCACCAUUCAUACUGCUUCACAAUAAAGCUGAAUGACCUGCAAUCAGUAAAUGUUGGGCUUUUUGAUCAGUACUUCAGAGUAGCGGGACCUUCAGCAGAUCACAUCAUCUCCUGUCUGACCACAGCUACAGUACCCAUGCCUUUAUACAAGAGCUCAUGUGUGCCCUGUCCUUCCUAACAAAGACACCAUCUCCAGAGCCAGUUGACAAGAUUUCUAGACUGAAUUUGGAAACAAAAGCACAGGCAAAAUGGAAAACUAUGAGCUUGUUCAUUCUAGUCGAGUGAAGUUCAUAUACCCAAGUGAGGAAGAGAUCGCGGACCUGACCUAUAUUGUUGCAGAGAAAAUGGGAGACCUGGCUAAUCUGCACGCGUAUAACAUCCUCCUGUACGUACUAGCCUUUCAAGUGUGUCACUCCAAAAGCACAACAUCAGAGGACCAGCGUCUCCUUCAUCCAAAAACAUUCAUUCUCACCGGCUCGGACAUGUUCCUGUUUGAUGAGGAUUACGUCAGCUACCCACUGCCUGAUUUUGCUAAGGAACCCCCUCAGAGACAAAUACCGCUUGACCGAUUCCAGGAGAAUCCGUGACCUUGGUCGGGUGUUGAUGGGCUAUCAGACAUACCCGCAAGCACUUACCUUUCUGUUUGAUGAUGUUGAAAGUCCUGACUUAUUGUGCAACUUGACAAUGGACCAUUUUGCCAAUAAGUUUAACACUUCGGCAUGAAAACAAGAACUGGCAGUGUUGACAAGGAGAUCCAGUGGUGCAUUUUUGUGACUGGUUCAGACAGCUGAGAAAAGCUCAUCUUGUUGGCUCGCCAAUGGGAGCUACUCUGCAGCAGGAAGCUAUCAUUGGAUCUCACUGGCUAAAGCAUAAAAACACAUUUAAGUGUUUACUUAUUAAUGGGCAGACCACAAAGUGUUCACUGACUGUUUAAAAGAUACACUUUUGCUGUAUAUAGUUUCUUCACUGUGCAUCCUGGGAAAUUGUACAUAAACCAAUGGAGUCUUGAGCUAAUUAACUUAUUUUCAUUAACUGUAUCAUGAUUGUCUUACUGUUUACAGUAAGGAUUGUGUACUGUAUAUAAUAGUUAAAGCAUAUUGUGUCCAUGUGUACACUGUAUUCAUAUCGAAUGUGCUAUUUUAUUUAGAAAUCUGCAAAUGUAUUUAAUAGGUCUUGUUUAAUAGGUCUUUGAACCUUUUUAUUGUUAAAUCCAAAGUUCUUGUAUGCUGUGUUAUUUCUGUAUGUUUAAUCAUGAAGAGUAACAAAAAUAAAUCAU